CACAUCGUUCUUUUGCAUAGCAAUCACAGAGGUAAUGCAACGUUACUAAGUGAUGGUCGAGUAAACUCUGAUUAAAAAGAUGCGCAAAAUUAAGUUCUAAGAGAGGUGGCUGAUGAUGUACUAAACAUAUAUACUAUACUAUAAUAAAAAUAUUAGGGGGGGGGGGGGGGGGAGGGGGUGGCAAAAAAAAGUUAUCGUGCAAAGCCGCAAAAGAAAGCAAAAAAUUUAACAUUAAGCUUCAAGAUAGAAAUACUAUCAUUCAUUAUAGAAUAUUAUAGCAUUUAUGAUAACUUU